AUGGGUAACAAUGGCAUGGGAAAAUCGACUUUUUUACGGACCGCAUCUGGGCUACUUCCGCCACGCAGUGGAACUAUUACCUGGCUAGAUGACAAUCGCGAACUUAACAUUUCAAAAACGUCACCUUAUAUGCGAAGUCAACUCUUAGGUGCUAUAUUUCCGAGCCAGGCACCUUUUUAUUUACAGGUUUCUGACUAUAUUGCUGCUGCAACAUUACGAGAACAAAACCUGCUCUUUUCUAAAGAUCAGCAAGCAGACCUUUGGGCAGCUAUGUCUGAACUCAAUAUUGAGCAGUUGUCAGGCAAACGUGUCAACGAAUUAUCUAGCGGCCAGUGGCAACGUGUACAAUUAGCUAGACUCUGGCUACAGCAGGUUCCCUUAUGGUUUCUAGAUGAACCAACGGCACAUCUAGACUGGCAUAGUUCGCUACAACUUUACCACUGGUUGCGUCAACAAGCAGAUGAUUAUGGCCGUACAAUUGUCUUAACAUCUCACGACUGGUCAUCUAUUUUAACCAUUGCAGACCAAAUUCUACUGUUUGAUGAUCAAGAUACUCAAAAUUACUUUUGGAGUCCCGAAGCCAUUGCCCAACAAACACCCUGGAGCCAAGACGCUAAAUAUAGCUAUGACCCAUUACAACAUGUUAUUCCUUUUCUAAUAGAGCAUGAAACUUGGCAAAAGAUUAUCGUCAAAGGUACUUAUGACCAAUGGAGUUUACAUGCCAUACGUCGGGCAGCAUUAUGUCCCGUUACACACCCUAAACAGGAAAAGGAAUCAUUGACACAAUUAACCUGCGUGUUUACAACACCUACGAGUGGUCAAUUAGCUUUAGAAAAUCAGCAAUUUACAUUUGACACGAUACAAGAAUUAGUACGAACUCUUCGUUACCUGACAACGUCUCAUUUUAAGUCUAGAGAUUUAGAUAUUUAA